AUGGAGGACAGGAAGUCCCUCCCCUUUACAGACGCAGUCCUCCAUGAAAUUCAGCGUCUCAUAGACAUCGUCCCCAUGAACAUCCCACACUACGCUCUCCAGGACAUCUCGUUCAGGGGUUACACAAUUCCCAAGGAUACGAUCAUUAUUCCCUUGUUGCACUCUGUGCUGAGAGAGGAGAAACAGUGGGAGACCCCUUGGUCCUUCAAUCCGCAGCACUUUCUGGACCAGAAAGGCAACUUUAAGAAAAACCAAGCAUUCCUGCCAUUCUCUGCAGGAAAGAGAGCUUGUGUCGGAGAGUUCCUGGCUCGCAUGGAGCUCUUCCUUAUCCUGACGUCACUCCUGCAGCGCUUCACCUUUUCUUGUCCCGGAGGACCCAACAGUGUAGAUCUCAGCCCCGAGUACAGCAGCUUCGCCAACCUGCCCCGCAGAUACGACGUCAUCGCGACGCCCCGGCGGUGA